AUGUCAGCAUAUGUCAGUAGAAAAACAUAUGGCUGCCUUCAUGCAUUGUGUGUUGUGAUUGUCUUUCUAUUUAUUAAGUGGCACAGACAUUAGAAAUUAACAUUGUACAAAUCUAAGUUUAAAAGAAAUCUAAGCAAAAUCAAAUUUGUAUUUAGGAUAUUGGUCUUAUCGAUUUUCUAAUUUUUUAAUCGAGAUAUAAAUUAUCGAAAUUAUCGAAAGCGAUUGGUUUAAUCGAUAAAUUUUGUAUCAAAUCUUGAACCAUUACGCGCAGGUUCGCUAUCGUUUACGAUUUCUUCUUGCAGUGAUAACUGACGUCAAGAUGUCUGCAUCUGUAACAGCUAAAUUACAAGAUGAUAUGAAUAGUAUACCCUUAGCAGAUGAUGAUCCUCAAGUGAUUAUCCCUGAAGAAGAGGUGUUGGAUAACGCUUCUCAUUUAUCUGACGCAUUAGGCAGAGGACGUAGCAUGGAUUCUAUUCCAUCCACUUUUACUAAUGGUAGUUGUAGUCCCAAUAGUUUAGAUCCUGAUAUUAGUCCAGAUGAACAGGAAGAAAAAGCAAGGUUAAUAGCACAAGUCUUGGAACUACAAAAUACAUUAGAUGAUUUGUCUCAGAGGGUAGACAGCGUCAAAGAAGAAAAUUUGAAAUUACGAAGUGAGAAUCAGGUGUUAAGUCAGUAUAUAGAAAAUCUAAUGUCUGCUUCAAGUGUAUUCCAAUCGACUUGUCCCAAUACUAAAAAGAAAUGAAUUCCUGUGAUUAUUGCAAAAUGAUUUUAAACAUACAGGGAUCUUAUGAUAGUUGUGAUUUUCAUUCCUUAUAAAAAGUAUGUAUGCACAUAUUUGUAGCUGCCUUAUUUUCAAAUAAGAACCAUAUAGUAUGUAAUAAUAAAUUUAAAAGUACAUAAUAUAUGGUAUUUAUUAAAAACAAAAAAAAAAAAAAAGAAAGCAAAAAAAAAAGAAUUAUCUUUAUCUAGAGCAAAUACAUACUUUCUAUAAGAGUAAAUAUGUUUGCUUGAAAAUCGAAUAUUUUCUUUUCAGAAAUUCACGCAUUAAGCACUGUUUUCUUUUUUUUUUUAACUUUUUAAGGGAUAUAUUUUAAUAUGUAUAGUAUUCAUCGUUUUUAUUGCUUUUAAGUAAUGGCAGAGGCUUAUAGUUAGGAACUUAAUACAUUUUUACAUUGAUCAUCGAUUACCAAAGAAUAUAAUUAAAUUUUUUGUUUUCUAUAAUUCACAUAUAAGAUAAAGAAAUAAUAUAAGCCUUACUUUAAUUAUUGUUAACGAACGUUAUUCUUAAGGGCUUCUUUAUCUGGUCAGCAUAUUUUCACAUUAGGUCUUUCAAAUCUAAAUCUCUUUCUAUUAAUAACAAAACUUUAUUAAGACAACAAGUCGUUUUAUACGUUAAGCUUUUGCUUAAGAGUUCUAAUAACAUAUGUAUGCAAUGUAUGUAGAUGUACAAAGAAGAUAAAACCAAUUAUAUAAAAUAUUAUUAUAUAAUAUACAUAUACACAUAUGUGUGCUCCCAUGUGCACACAUUAUACACACAAUUAAUUACAUAUUGUACUUAAAUACAUACAUACAUACAUACACAUACUACGAUCAGAAUUAUCGAGUAAGUAAGAAAUCGAUGUUUAGAAUUUCUCUGCUGUAAGCAGAGCAUGUAGAAUAUAUUUCGAUCGUAUUUUCACGAAUAUUUUUGAUCUGUUGCACCAUGUUCGCAGCAGAAUAAUUAUUAUGAAUGUUAAUAAUCAGAGCGUACCGCGAAUUACAACUGCGACUUGUGAGAAAGUUUCAGUUCGAGGGCACAAGCAAAAUGCACAAUCUCAAACUAUUCCAUUGUUGAGUAACACAGUGUUAUAAUAAACAUUAUAUUCUAUUGGA